UUUUCAGGUAGAAAAUGUCCCUCGCCAGGACAACGCUGUUACCUUUGACGAGACGUGCCAUCUAUUCAAUGAUGGCUAGAUCACUCAGCAGUGGACAAGAAGCUGAUAUCGUCGUCAUUGGUUCGGGUCCUGGUGGGUAUGUCGCUGCGAUCAAAGCAGCGCAGUUGGGAAUGAAGACAAUAUGUGUAGAGAAAUAUCCGACUCUUGGAGGUACUUGUCUCAAUGUAGGAUGUAUUCCGUCAAAAUCGUUGCUUAACAACUCGCAUCUUUAUCACCAAUCUCAGCAUGAUUUUGCUAAUAGAGGUAUUGAGUGUCAAUCCAGCUUGAACCUUGAUAAAAUGAUGGAAGCAAAAAGAGCCAGUGUAAAGGCGUUGACCGGAGGUGUUGCUACACUUUUCAAAGCGAACAAAGUCACUCAGAUCCAAGGAGUGGGAACUAUCACCAGCCCUAAUCAGGUGCAAGUGAAGAAACCUGAUGGGUCAACAGAGACUCUGAACACUCGUAAUAUCCUCAUUGCAACAGGGUCAGACGUCACACCUUUUCCCGGUAUUCCAAUAGAUGAAGAACAGAUUAUCUCUUCGACCGGCGCACUGUCGCUCAAGGCAGUACCAAAGAAAAUGGUCGUGAUCGGAGCGGGUGUGAUUGGGCUUGAACUGGGAUCUGUAUGGAAACGACUAGGAGCAGAAGUUACAGCAGUGGAGUUCCUUGGACACAUUGGUGGAAUGGGUAUUGAUAUGGAAGUUGCAAAGACAUUCCAGCGAAUACUGGCAAAACAAGGCAUGAAGUUCUUACUAAACACGAAGGUUAUGGGAGCUAACAAAAGUGGUGGAAAUAUCACCGUCGAUAUCGAAGGAAAGGAUGGGAAGAAGCAAACGCUUGAUUGCGACACCCUGUUGGUAAGCAUUGGGCGACAACCAUAUACGAAAGACCUAGGAGUGGAGAAUGUAGGCAUCGCUUUGGAUGAGAGGGGACGAGUACCAGUCAAUGAGCGAUUCCAAACACAAGUUCCAUCCAUCUAUGCCAUUGGAGAUGUUAUAGCAGGACCUAUGCUUGCCCAUAAGGCUGAAGAUGAAGGCAUUUUGUGCGUGGAAGGAAUCUGUGGAGGACCUGUGCAUCUCGACUACAACUGCAUUCCAUCUGUAAUCUACACACAUCCAGAAGUAGCCUGGGUCGGAAAACCGGAAGAGCAGCUAAAGGAAGAAGGCAUCCAAUUCAAAAUAGGAAAAUUCCCGUUCAUUGCAAACUCUCGUGCGAAGACCAAUUUCGAUACUGAAGGAUUUGUGAAAAUAUUAGCCGAUAAGCAGACAGACAGGAUGUUAGGAGUACAUAUAAUAGGACCGAAUGCUGGUGAAAUGAUCGCUGAAGCUACUCUCGCCCUUGAAUAUGGAGCAUCUGCAGAAGACGUAGCCAGAGUCUGUCAUCCACAUCCGACACUAUCCGAAGCAUUCCGUGAAGCAAACCUACAUGCAUUCUUUGGAAAGUCAAUCAACAGCAUUUAGAAACUCAGCUUUUUUUGUUGAAUUUUGGUUUCUUUUCAUUUUCUCAAUUGGUGAACGUGCUUGUAUUCCGGGAGAAUAGUCUUUAAUUUUUCACGUGUGUUGUAUUGUGCAUUCAUGACGACCUGUGACUCUUUUUGAUUUCUUGGAGUUUAUCUUUGUGCUUUUGUCAAAUCCGAGUGCUAGAAAGUAACUUAAAUAGCAUAGCUAGGCUGUAGUUUUACGUUAGAUUGACGAGGUAGUUUACUUAAUAAAUAUUGUUCUCAGUUA